AUGUCUGAACCUAUUAAAAACAAGAUCGCUGAGAUAUCCGAGGCUCCUACUCCUCAAAACACCCCAGCUUCAAAUGUGGGAUCAUUGAUGUCUAGAUCGGCCAAUCCAAAGGUGCCAAAUACUAUUGAUGAGGAAUCAGAAGAAGCUGCCAAAAAACAACUCGCCAGUAACCCAAUGUUUUUGUCCCUUAUUGAAGGAAAAUUGAACACUUUGGUUGGUCAAGACUCGGGUUAUGUUGAUGCUUUCCCAAAAGUUGUCAAGGAAAGAAUUAUUUCAUUGAAGUCCAUCCAAAAGAAACAAAUGUCUUUGGAAGAAGAAUUUCAAAGAGAAUUGUUUGCCCUUGAAAAAAAAUUCAAUGAAAAGGCCAAGCCUCUCAACGAACACAGAAAGAAAAUCAUCACAGGUGAAGUUGAACCAACUGUAGAAGAGAUUGAAGAAGGUAAAGCUAUAGAGGCUGAAUUGGAAGGUUCUGAUGAAGACACUGAAGACGAAGAAGGUCAAAUCGAAGAAAUUGAUGAAUCAAAGGAAAAAUCUAAGGAUGGAGAAAAUGACAAAGAAGAAGACGCUGAUGCUGAACCAAUUAAUGGUAUUCCAGCCUUCUGGUUGACUGCUUUGGGUAACUUGGAACCAAUCAAUGAAACCAUCACUGACAGAGACGGCGAUGUCUUACAAUAUUUGGUGGAUAUUAGAUUAGAGCACUUGGAAAAACCAGGGUUCAAAUUGCUUUUUGAAUUCAGCAAAAAUGAUUUCUUUAGUGAUAAAGUCUUGGAAAAAACUUACUAUUAUCAAGAAGACUUAGGUUACACUGGUGAAUUUAUAUAUGACCAUGCCGAGGGUUGUGCUAUUAACUGGGCUUCUCCAGAAAAAAAUGUUACAAUCAAGAUUGAAAGAAGAAAACAAAGAAAUAAGUACACUAAACAAACCAGAACUAUUGAAAAAUUGACACCAACAGAAUCUUUCUUCAACUUUUUUGACCCUCCAAAGCCACCAACCGAAGAAACUGAAGAAGGUGAAGACGAAGAAGAAGAAGACGAAGAAGGAGAAGACGAUUUGGAAGCUAGAUUGCAAUUGGAUUACCAUAUUGCUGAAGAAAUAAAGGACAAAUUAAUUCCACGUGCUGUUGACUGGUUUACUGGUGCUGCCAUUGACUUUAUGGAUUAUGAAGAUCUUGACGAAUUCGGUGAAGUAGACACUGAUGAAGAGGAUUAUGAUGAUGAUGAUGAUGAUGACGAUGAUGACGAUGAUGAAGAAAAUGGUGGAAAGGGUGCUAAGCAAAGGGAUCCUCAAGAAUGUAAACAACAAUAA